AGUACACGAGGACAAGUUGGCAUGUUAAUACCUUCCAAAAAAACAUCAAGAUCUUCGGACCGGCGUUGAUUUCCUACUAUAUACAAAGCUAGCCGUCUCCUGUAGUCGUGAAAUAGUCAGAAACGAUGCCACCCCAAGGGUUCCACCGCCUUGCCAAUCAAGCUACCCAUUUCGCACGUCCAAUUGGCGCCGCCUUGUAGAGAUUUCAUUCACGAUACCAUGCAUACUACCUGCAUAGUGGUGUGCUUGGGCUGCUUGGAUCCAGUAGGAAAGUGGGGCCGAGACCCUGAUUGCAGCUAAUUCAACUAAUUGAGUAUGUAAUAUCCCAUACAGUGGCAUAAUUCACCCGCUGACGGCACCCUUGCUUGCAGCUAGCUGUUGAUAAACUCGGCGGUGAAUGUAGUCCACUCCACAGAGGAUGCGGCGUUAGUAACAUAGUAGAUCCCUCUUCCGAGCGAGGUCCCCUAGAGAGUGGGGAGUGGGGGUCGUAUCGUAGUUCGUAACGGGAUGAGGAGUCUAUGUUGUGCUUAUCCCAUGCCGCAUACGCAUACAUAUAUGUCUCGUGCUCUCUCUCUGUCUGUGUCUCUCUCUCCCUUUUUUCGAUUCUUCUCUCUUCGUUCUAUUCUUCUAGUUCAACUUCCCCAUCUACUAUUCCAAGCGAGCUACUUAUCUGUCGAUCCAUCUACCAAAGCGGGAAGACGCCUUCUACAACUCGACUACUUAUACCUCAACGAAUUCGGCCGGACCUCUGCUUACUACAGGCUUUAUCUAAGCGUCUCAUAUCCGUCUUCCACAAUCCACAUACACUUCGCUCGCAAACUACGAAGCAGCUACUUCACCACCAUGUCCGACCACAGAGAGACGUUCACUUUCAGGAUGGGGGCUCCUAUCACAUUCCCCAAAGCCCCCACUCGCACAACCCCUACCAAGGGACGAAGGGUCUUUAGCAAGCCCUCCGAAACAGAGGGCGACUACUUUCGCGGUACUUCGCCAUCGCCCACAACAUCGUCGCUUUCGGAGUCGGAGGAAGAGACAUCACCGUCGCCAGCACCGUCACCGAACACCAAGAUCAACCAGAUGAUUGGCACCAGUUACCCAAUCUCGCCGCUAGAGCGAGAGUACGCACCGCCGACGGAGGAGCUGGACGUGGCCCGUCAACUAGCUAAGAAGCCGUUGCCACGGUCUCUCUACAGCUCUCUGCAGCGAGCAGCCACCAAACCAUCCAGAAAGCCCGUCGUCGAAGACGAGGAAACCCGAGCGAAGAAACUAGCUGACGCUAAGAGGCAACUGCUCGCUUUAGCGGGUCAAAUAUAAAAGUCAAUUUCAUUAACAAAAUAAAGGGAUAAACAGAACCAGCGGCACAUUUUCCAACUUUUCGUCUUCGGGGAUUUGCCAUGUGUCACGGCGAAGUUCAAACAUCGCAUUGGCUGCCGAGCUUUGGCAUUUUCCCUUUGUAUGCAUUAUACCCAGGGAUCCGGGCGUGCUGGAUACGCUUACCGUUUCGGAGUGUUUUAAGCGGCGCAUUUUUAGGGCGGUGGAGAUUAGAAAAUAAGAUCCCCUAGCAGACCGGGAGAAAGGUUCUGGCCAAGUCUGGAAGCUCACAUGAUCUUUUCUAUGGAAGCGUUCAAGGGUGAUUGGAUAGGCUGGAUAGAUAGCGUUGUUAUAAUAAAUUGACAAUUUG